AUGUCAGCUCUUUCCCCGCCUUCCGCACCACUGUCUCUGUGCAGCUCGCUCGCUGUACUCUACGACUCCAGUGAAGCCUCGGCUCUCUGUGCGAGGGCACUGUUGGCGAUGGCCAUCAUCAUGCACGUGGGUAAUCAGGUGGAGAGGCCCGCACGCAAUGCACUGCGUGUGCUCGUGCCCCUCUUCACCUGCCUCUUCUUCCUCUUGUACAUCACGGGUACGUUCAGCGUCUUCCGUCGCGUGCAGGAGAUCGUCAAGGCCGAGGAGACAUCGCUGCGCUCUGCGUCCGGGAUCGCGGAGUUCUGCAAGGAUCUGCAGAAGCUGGCACAGCAGCAGUACUGGCAAGUCCUGUUCUUUAUCACGUCGCUCUACCUCACACUUCAAACGUUCUGCGUCCCCGGGACGGUGGUGUUGAACGCCGCCGUCGGGGCUGUUAUGGGCACCUUGUUGGGUGUGCCCUACUGCACCCUAUUGGGGACGAUGGGCUCGAUGUGCUGUUUCCUCUUCUCCCGCAUCGUCGGCACGUCGCUUGUGGAGGCGGUGGACGCGCGGCUGAUGCAGGGAAAGGGCCUCACGAGAAUUCGCAGCCAAGUGUCACACCACCGCGCGGACUUGUUCGUAUAUUUGAUCUUUCUUCGACUGACUCCCAUUUUGCCGAACUGGCUGGUGAACUUGGCUUCCCCGGUGCUCGGGGUGCCCCUGCACACGUUUGCAGGGGCGACAAUGCUAGGUAUCGUGCCGCAGACGUACUUGACCGUGCGCUUCGGCUCGUUGGCGCACUCGGGAAGACCUGGGGAGAAGAAGCGCAUCGUGACGCCGUGGGACACGCUGCUGCUGGCCGUCACCGGAGUGGGCGUCCUCGUCGGUUUCCGGCUCAAGAAGAAAUUCACGACGAACCGGAAAGACGGCAGCAGCGGCGGAGUGUCCGCGGACAGGUUCUCUAGCCUCACUGCAUCCAGCAGUGGCGUAUGUGUGCCGCCGCUGGUGUAG